CGAAGGGCGGACCGGACCGGAGGAGAAGUGGCGAAAUAUAGUUUCGUUAGUAAGCAGCGAAAGAGUAGUUUAUCUACCACACUUCGAUAACUCCGCCUCUGCUGCAAGCAAAAAGCCACCCCCCCUUAAACCAUAUUGAUUCUGAGCCCCUUUUCAUUUCUUUCUCAAAUCUCUUCUCUCGUUUCUCGCCUGAAAAGUGAAACCAAUCUUCCGACGUGCAUCCAAGAAUUAAAGAAAAUGCAGGCUUUGAUAUCUCUCUCCACCGUUUCUCCUUCCUCACCCGCCGUUGCCAGAUCCGAUCGCGCAGUCGGAUCAUUCUCCACCAAUGCUUCUAAGCCUUCAAGUUUCCGUUUCUGUGGCCUCAGAAGAGAGGCUUUGGGGUUAUCUAUUACAAAACCUCAUGGUUCUAGUCGAGUUGCAUUGUCACAGCGGAGGUUCUAUAAGAAGUUCUCUGCUUCGUUGAAGGACAACGGAGUUCCUUCGAAAGGCUUUGACUACGAUCUAGUCAUAAUUGGAGCUGGUGUCGGAGGUCACGGAGCUGCACUUCAUGCCGUAGAGAAGGGAUUGAAAACGGCCAUAAUUGAGGGAGAUGUGGUUGGAGGCACAUGUGUAAAUAGAGGUUGUGUUCCUUCUAAAGCUCUUCUUGCUGUGAGUGGUCGGAUGCGUGAGCUUCAAAGUGAGCAUCACUUGAAAGCUCUGGGUUUGCAGGUUUCAGCUGCUGGGUAUGACAGACAGGGUGUAGCCGAUCAUGCAAAUAAUCUUGCUACAAAAAUUCGUAAUAACUUGACUAAUUCACUGAAAGCUCUUGGUGUGGACAUAUUGUCAGGCGUUGGAACUAUUUUGGGUCCACAAAAGGUGAAGUAUGGAAAAGUUGGGUUCUCUGACCAAGUUAUAACAGCAAAAGACAUAAUUAUCGCUACUGGUUCUGUCCCCUUUGUGCCAAAAGGCAUUGAAGUUGAUGGGAAGACUGUGAUUACCAGUGACCAUGCACUCAAGCUGGAGUUUGUUCCUGAUUGGAUUGCUAUUGUAGGAAGUGGUUACAUUGGUCUUGAAUUUAGUGAUGUGUAUACAGCACUUGGAAGUGAGGUUACCUUUAUUGAAGCACUAGAUCAGCUUAUGCCUGGCUUUGAUCCUGAGAUUGGGAAAUUAGCUCAAAGAGUUCUCAUAAAUCCUCGGAAGAUUGAUUACCAUACUGGUGUAUUUGCGAGCAAGAUCACUCCAGCAAAGGAUGGAAAACCUGUCAUUAUUGAGCUUAUUGAUGCAAAGACAAAGGAACCAAGAGAUACACUAGAGGUUGAUGCUGCACUUAUUGCAACUGGAAGGGCGCCAUAUACAAAAGGUCUUGGCUUGGAGAAUAUUAAUGUGGAGACACAACGUGGUUUUGUUCCUGUUGAUGAGCGCAUGAGAGUAAUUGACAAGAAUGGCAAUCUGGUUCCCCAUGUCUAUUGCAUUGGUGAUGCAAAUGGGAAAAUGAUGCUUGCUCAUGCUGCAAGUGCACAAGGGAUCUCUGUUGUUGAACAAGUCUCUGGAAAAGAUCAUGUGCUGAACCAUUUGAGCAUCCCCGCGGCCUGCUUCACUCACCCGGAAAUCAGUUUUGUUGGUUUGACAGAGCCUCAAGCAAGGGAGAGAGCAGAAAAGGAAGGUUAUGAAAUAAGUAUUGCCAAGACAAGUUUUAAGGCUAAUACAAAGGCCCUAGCGGAGAAUGAAGGAGAAGGGCUUGCUAAGUUGAUUUACAGGCCCGACAAUGGGGAGAUUCUUGGGGUUCAUAUUUUUGGGAUUCAUGCUGCAGACCUCAUUCAUGAAGCAUCUAAUGCAAUAACCUUGGGAACGCGUAUUCAGGACAUAAAGUUCGCUGUUCAUGCACAUCCAACUUUGUCCGAAGUGCUUGAUGAACUGUUUAAAUUGGCCAAGGUUAACUCUAGUGUUUCUAGUCCAGUCAAUGAGCCAGUGGCAGUUUAAAGAUUCCCAAAAUUUGUUAUAAGUUUGUGAAGAAGCUUCAUUGUAAUAGGGGGCCUCUGGAAGCUGCGUAUCCUCUCAUAAGAGAUCAGCGCAAGUGCAACAGCACGAAAGGUGUAGCAACUCUCGCCAACAUUGCAAGAAGAACGAGAUUACAAUUUUGUCGAUCUUAGUAAGUGGUUCCCAUGUUGUAUUUGACUAUCUUUUAAUGGUUAUUAAAUUAUGCAACGUUGUGAUCAAGUUCUUAUUUAAUCUUAUUAAUAUUUAGUAAUCCCUGGUAGACA